GACCACAGCGUACCCAGGGUGACGCUACCUGGUAAUAUCACACAAUACGUCCCUUCACCACCCAGAUCCUAUAAACUUCGGAGUAUCUUCACCACACAGAAACAAGUCAAUUCCUCGUCUCCUUCACUACUAACUCCUUCUUCAAUUCACCAUCAUGAAUCUGCAAAAAAUCCCCCUUUUCGGCCACACCUUUCCGUUGGAAAUUUCAGAAAAGAUUAUUUCCCACCUACCGCUUCCUACAGUCGCCGAAUUGAUGAAAUUAGACAAUGCCAGUAUUACUUUGGUGGCGCGGAAACGCUACUACUCGAACAUUAGAUUGAUCUUUGACAGACCACCACACGAAGAUGGCUACUCUUUUGUGGAUGAUAAGGUUCUCAGCAUGAAGAUUUCAGAAUUUGAAGCGUUAGUAAACAGCGAUACGUUUGACCAGCUUAUCAUUGAGGAGCUUUUCAUUUGGGUAAAGAUUGAUAUUGCUGAUUUUACAUUCCUCCACAAAGGAGUGUUCACCAAAGCGUCUUCAAUUAUCGCCGAUGCCAUUCUAGAGUUUGAUGCGGAUCAGGAACAGUGGGUGACAUUCAACUGGGACUGGUUACCAUCUUUGCCUCUGGUGCAGGAGUGUAUCCGAGAAAUAUUUGUUCUUUACCCUUCUAUUGAUCCAAAAGUGCCACCUUUUCUCUCCAGCUUGCGCAAGCUUACAUUUGGAUAUGACUCUCAAUAUAGGGAGAUAGAUGAAGAAACUGCUUCAAGCGUCGUUUUUCCGCCGAAUCUCCAAGAAUUCGUUUCAAAUAUUCCCUGGGGAUCGAUGACAGCAUAUGCCAACCUCCCUUCGAACUUACAGAAAUUAGAUCUAGAUAGCGUCUUGGAAUUUUCUGUCGAGACCUUCAACGCGUUAAACUUGCCCAAUUUGAAAGAUUUGGUAUUGCAAAACAUCCCUGGAGUAACGGAGAUCAACGAGCUAUUUGAGUUACCCUUGCUGUUAGAGAGUUUGAAACUUGAGAGUUUAAACAUUACUAAUUUCGAACGACAGAAAUUACCUCUGAGGUUAAAGAAGUUAUUCAUCACCAAGUGUCCUUUAACAAAGUUUUGUGUGGAUACAUUUCCGGAUUCCCUCAAAGAAUUGAGCUUAGACAAGACAGGUCUUCCAUCAUCCCAGAUCCGCAUGCUCAAGUUUCCUCCGGGUUUAGUUUCCUUACUGGUUACGACUUCCCAGUUAACAUCACUAGAUUUUGUCAACUCAUUACCGGGGUCUUUAGAAAUCCUCAACCUUCGUGGUAAUUCCCUUGAUCGUUUAAAUAAAACAGAUGAAGAUGCAGCCACCGCCAGAUCACUACAGAUCAAGUUCCCGGAGAGCCUCCAGAAGCUCGAACUCAGUUAUAACAAGCAUCUAUUUACUCAUUACUCGCCUAGAAACCUUAUCUUCCCUCCAAGCUUGAAGGAUUUAGACCUCUCGGAAGUUUAUCUGAGUCAAGUAGACAGACUUGAUCUUCCGCCAGGAUUGAACUCCUUAAGCUUGAGCGGAAACCUUUUGACCUCUGUUAAAAGGCUUAAUCUUCCACCAGGAUUAACCUCCUUAGACUUGAGCUCUAAUCAUUUGGUUUCAGUUGAGGAACUCAAUAUUCCACUGGCUUUAACCCAUCUAUACUUGAGAUACAAUAGACUUCAACGGUUUUCAAAGACGCUACCCGAAAGCAUCCAAUUCUUGGAUUUUGGGUACAACCAAUUGAAAGAAUUGGUGAACUUCCACCUUCCGGUGAAUUGUACUGAGUUCGAGUUCUCUAUAAAUCCUCUUCAAAAGCUCCAAAUAUCCAAUGCAUGUGAUCCAAAUUUGAAACUCCGAGAUUUAUGUUUAAGUGGAACCGACAUUAUCACGCUUUGCGACAUCUCCCCCCUCCCACAGUGUCUCACUUCCUUGGAUAUUUCCAAUUCAAAAAUAAACUCCUUGUCUGACAUUCUGCUUCCUGAGGGGCUAAUCAGCUUGAGAGCAUAUUAUACCAAGAUAACUUCAUUAGAAGAUGUUGAGUUCCCACCGCACUUGGAAAAUUUAACUGUCCUGUCUAGUCAAAUAUCCAGUAUAGCUAAUAUCCAUUUUCCAGAAAGUUUACUUGUUUUGAUACUUGAUGAUAACAAGAUUGCCUCAAUCGAUGCUGUACAGAUCCCUCCAAAAUUGAAGAUAUUGGACUUUUCAAGAAACGCAAUUAGCACCAUUAACGAGUUGCAGUUGCCCGAAUCUCUUGAAAUGUUAAACUUGGCGGACCAAGAGUGUGAUACUCUGCAUAACCGUGUUUCCACUUGUGGAAACUCGUCUGAGAGUUCCAGUGUAUCUGGGAAAAAGGGCUUAUCGAACCUCUCUGGGCUAACCAAACUUCCGCCAAAGUUGGAGCAUUUAGACCUAGCGAACAACAGCUUGUCCGAGCAGGCCAUCCGACACUUGGAGCUCCCAGUCAGUUUUAUGAGACUAUUCAUCGGUGAUAACGCAUUCGACGAUUAUUAUCAAUGGGAAAGAGAAAUCAAGCUAACACACCCGGAGCUACGAUUUAACUGGUGAAUUGGAAUCCUCUUGGGUCAAAUCCUUUCCUACGAGCAUUGACGAUGGUGUCGUGUAUAGCGAUAAUGAGAAGUUGGUGUAGGGGGGAGUAAUUUGAGUAUGGGACGCUUGAUAAUAAGCCAUCCAU